UUUUCCCCUUACUAUGUACCUUCCAAGUAUUUUCAUGCAUUAAAUCUUUUUAUUUUCACUCUGCGAAGAGCUAUAUAUAUCUUGCUACUUAUAUAAUUUCUGAUCUGCAACAUAUAUAAAAUUAUACGAUGUUGUUUCAUCAUCUCCUUUUCCUUUCACUUGUUUCUGCCUUUUGUCUCAUAACUUUGGCUUCUGGAGCCCCCGUUUUGCCAGAAAGUGAAGUGGAAGCUUUAAAAGAGAUAGCAAAGAGGCUAGGCAAAAGAGAUUGGAAUUUCAGUGUAGAUCCGUGCAGUAAAGAGGAGAGUUGGGUUGCAGUUGCAGAGAAUCUUCUGAAAAACGUCACUUGCAAUUGCUCCUUCUCCAAUGGCACUGUUUGUCAUGUUGUUAGCAUAAUUCUCAAGUCUGAGAGUCUCCCUGGCACUCUUCCACCAGAAUUGACUAGGCUAUCUUUCCUCCAACAAAUUGACCUCACUCGCAAUUAUCUCAGUGGCGGAAUCCCGCCAGAAUGGAGCACCCUGCCACUCAUCAACAUUACACUUCUUGGAAAUCGGUUAACGGGCACAAUUCCAAAAGAUCUUGCAAAAAUUACCACGCUUAAAAGUUUAGUCCUGGAGUUCAAUCAACUUUCAGGAGAUUUGCCUCCAGAGCUUGGAAAUCUCCCCAGCAUUGAAAGACUCCUUCUUACCUCAAACAAUUUUACUGGGGAAUUGCCAGAAACAUUUGCUAAUUUGACCACACUGAAGGAAUUUCGAAUUGGCGAUAACAACUUCACUGGACAGAUACCUAAUUUUAUUCAGAACUGGACAGACCUUACCAAAUUAUUUAUUCAGGGAAGCGGUUUGGAAGGUCCAAUUCCUUCUGCCAUUUCUGCUUUGGAAAACUUAACUGAGCUGAGAAUCAGUGACUUGAAUGGAAGUGAUGCGCGUUUUCCGCCGCUUAGUAAGAUGACUAAGCUGAAAACACUGAUAUUGAGAAGUUGCAACCUCAUUGGAGAUAUACCAUUAGAUCUUGGGAAAAUCACAACCUUGAAAACAUUAGAUCUCAGCUUUAACAAGCUAAGUGGAGUGCUCCCGACCAACCCGACUGGUCUAAAAGAUGUGGAUUACAUAUUUUUAACCGGAAACUUACUAACUGGAGAAGUGCCUGCUUGGCUGCUGGGAAAAGAUGACAACUCUGAUCUUUCUUAUAACAAUUUCACUGGUGGAAAUUCAGAGACCUGCCAACCUGGAAACGUGAACUUGUUUGGAAGCUCUUCUAAGGCCAGUGACUCCACCAGCAUUGUUUCAUGUUUGAGGAGCUCUCAGUGUCCAAAAACUUUGUACUUUCUUGGUAUUAAUUGUGGUGGAAAAGAAGAGACUAUCAAUGGAAGAACAUAUGAAGAUGAUACAUAUCAAGCAGGACCUUCAAAUUUUUACAGAAGAGAUACUUGGGCAUUUAGCAGCACUGGUCGCUUCUUGGAUGAUGACCGCCCCAUUAAAACAUAUAUUGCGCAAAAUUCAUCCAUACUGUCAACUAAUGAUCCCCAGCUAUACACACAAGCGCGCCUUUCUCCCCUCUCUCUAACUUAUUAUGGAUUUUGUCUGGGAAAUGGAAACUACACCGUCAAACUCCACUUUGCAGAGAUAAUUUUUACUGAUGACAAAACAUAUAGCAGCUUGGGGAGGCGAGUGUUUGAUGCUUACAUUCAGGGAAAGCGGGUGCUGAAGGAUUUCAAUAUUGAGGUUGCAGCUGGCGGCGUUGGGAAGGCAUUUAUACAUUCAAUACCUCAUGUUUCCAUCACCAACAAAACUGUGGAGAUCCGUUUUAUUUGGGCUGGGAAAGGAACAACAGAUAUCCCUACUAAAGGAGUUUAUGGUCCUCUUAUAUCAGCUAUUUCUGUUGAACCUGGUAGGUUUAAUGAAUUCACUCCCCCAUCAGAAAAAAGCAGUAGUAUAUCUACUGGCACAGUCAUUGGAAUCGUGGUUGGAAUAGUGGUCACUAUUAUCCUGGUUGUGGGUAUCCUUUGGUGGAAAGGUUGUCUAAGACAGAAGAGUACAUUGGAACAAGAUCUAAAGGGUCUGGACUUGCAUACUGGUUCCUUUACCCUAAGGCAAAUUAAAGCUGCCACAAACAACUUUGAUGUAGCUUACAAGAUUGGAGAAGGUGGCUUUGGUCCUGUUUACAUGGGUAUCUUGGCAGAUAGCACUGUAAUUGCAGUUAAGCAGCUAUCAUCGAAAUCUAAGCAAGGAAAUCGAGAGUUUGUGAAUGAGAUUGGCAUGAUUUCUUCUUUGCAACACCCCAAUCUAGUAAAGCUUUAUGGAUGUUGUAUAGAAGAAAACCAAUUAUUGCUAAUCUAUGAGUACAUGGAAAAUAACAGUCUUGCUCGAGCUUUGUUUGGUCCAGAAGAGCAUCAGUUGAAGUUGGAUUGGCCAACAAGGCACAAGAUAUGUGUUGGUAUAGCGAGAGGUUUGGCUUAUCUCCAUGAAGAAUCAAGGUUGAAGAUUGUGCAUAGAGACAUCAAGGCCACUAAUGUUCUUCUUGAUAAGGACCUAAACGCUAAGAUAUCUGACUUUGGUUUGGCAAAGCUAGACGAAGAGGAAAACACCCACAUAAGCACACGAGUUGCCGGAACAUUUGGAUACAUGGCACCAGAAUAUGCAAUGCGAGGUUAUUUAACUGAUAAAGCAGACGUUUAUAGUUUUGGAGUUGUUGCCCUGGAAAUUGUUAGUGGGAGAGGCAACUGUAGUGUGCGGUCAAAGGGAGAAACUAUUUAUCUUCUUGAUUGGGUUCAUCUCUUAAAAGAGAAAGGACACUUAAUGGAUCUAAUCGAUCCAAGAUUGGGCUCUGAUUUUGACAAAGAAGAAGUUAUGGUGAUGAUCAAUGUGGCUCUCUUAUGCACCAAUGCCUCUUCUGCCAUUAGGCCUACAAUGUCUUCAGUUGUAAGCAUGCUUGAAGGCAAGGCUGUUGUUCCAGAUUCGAUUCCAGACUCAAGUAUCUCCAUUGAUGAGACCAAGUUCGAAGCAAUGAGAAAUUAUUAUCAGGGCGGCAGAGAACAAUCUAACAAUGGGAACCAGAGCUGUAGUAUGUCGGCGGACGGGCUGUGGACAGGUUCUUCAACAUCUGCGGCUGAUCUUUAUCCACUCACUCUGGAUUCAGAAUAUCUCAUUGCUAGAAAUUAGUCUUUAGAGAUGUGCAAUUUCCUUUGGUUGGUUGCUUGUUUGACAAACUAUCUUAACCUCAAACAAGUUCAAAUAUGUUAUUUUUGUAUACUUUUUUCCUGUUAUUUUUCCACAUGUUAAACAGAAUAUAAUUGAAUAAAACUAGGAUAGGUCUACGAAUAUAAUUGUUUUGUAUAAAACCAGAAUAUACUUACUCUUGA